GUUCAGUGUGGACAGCAGUGCCAUGGGCAAGAAGGACAAUGACUUUGAAUCCUGGAGAGGAGGUGAUGUCUCCAAAUCUACUUGCCGCUCUCACACCCAGUCUGGGAGCUUCAAGCAGCGAACACAACAAGCCACCCUGGACAUGUAUAACUCGUCUGAUGAAACUCCUCUGCAGCCUGAUUCGGCUUUUCUCUAUGAUGAUGUCAUCAGUGACGACCCCGCAGGCAUGGGGAGUCAAGGUGGAGAUGAGGACGAUGAAGAGGGACACCUGGACUAUCACAUCGGCCUUGUGAUGAAAGAAAGAUAUGAAGUGAUGUCCAUGCUGGGAGAAGGAGCCUUCGGGAGAGUGGUGGAGUGUAUCGACAGACACAAAGAUGAGCGUGUGGCCGUGAAGAUCGUGAGGAACUUUGAGACUUUCUGUGAAGUAGCCAGAUCUGAGAUCGCAGUGCUGGAGGAGAUCAACAGACUGGAUGAUGACAACACGUUUGCCUGUGUGAGGAUGUUGGACUGGUUUGAGCAUGAAGGCCACAUCUGCAUCGUGUUUGAGCUGCUCGGACUCAGCACCUUUGAGUUCGUGCAACAGAACAACUUCCUCCCAUUCAGCAUGGAGCAGAUUCGAUACAUGGCCUUCCAGAUCUUCAGAGCCGUCUCCUUCUUGCAUCGUAACAAGCUGACACACACGGACCUGAAACCGGAGAACAUCCUGUUUGUCUGCUCUGACUUUGACCCGGUGUACGACCACAACACGAUGUGUGAGCAGAGAAAGCCCAGAAGUCUGGAUGUGAAGGUGGUGGAUUUUGGUACCGCCACUUUUGACCACCAACACCAUGAGUCCCUGGUGUCAACGCGUCACUACAGAGCUCCAGAGGUUAUACUGGAUCUGGGUUGGAACCAGUCAUGUGAUGUCUGGAGUCUGGGCUGCGUUCUCAUAGAGUUUUAUCUUGGAAGAACACUCUUCCCGAGCCAUGACUGUAAAGAACACCUGGCCAUGAUGGAGAAAGUUCUGGGCCCCAUUCCCUCACAUCUGCUCCAACAGACCAGGAAGAAGCAUUAUGUGCACGACGGGCGUUUGAACUGGGACGAGCAGAGCUCCUCUGAUGACUACAUCAGGAAAUACUGUCAGCCUCUCAAGCAGCACAUGGCGAUGAAGAGUAAGGAUGAGCAGCUGCUGUUUGACCUGCUCAGCUGCAUGCUGGAGUAUGACGUCUGCAGACGGAUCACUCUGGAGGAGGCUCUGUGGCACCCGUUCUUCAGCCCCCUGAGGACACAAAAACAACCACAAUGCAGCUAGCACACACACAAAAACACACUAACAUGCAGCAUCUACCUCAAGCUGAGUUUCAGCUAUGAUUAUUAACUGGUUAGGCCUUUGGUUGGAUGUUUUUAGUUUCACUGAUAGUUUCAAAGAGCAUUCCUGUUAAUUUGAAAUGAUUAUGUUGACGUCUCACAGAGUCUGACAGACCGCAUGGUCAUCAUGGAAGAAUGUUUUCAUCAUGGACUAGUAGUAAAAAAUUGGACAUAGUCACUCAGUCCAAAAAGUGAAGCCAACAAGGAUGUGUUAAACUGCAGUACCAUUAAUGGCCACUAGGAGCUGGCUCCAGAAGACAUCUGCCUCUAACUGCCUGUAAAUCACAAUGUUUUUGCAAGACAUAACAGCUAAAUUAGUUUGGUCAUUUUAAAAUAAUUACUAGUCUGUCUUUCUCUACCUUGUUGUUUAAAUAUGGUCAUUUCUGGUUUCAUAAUCAGAAAAUACCAAUUUCGAGGCUCCAAGUCUCCUUUACAAACUUAACA